CCAAUUACAUCUUAAAACCUCAAAUCCCAAUGCAUUACCACUAAGCUGUAACCCCAUCCUCCAGCAUCUACAACCCACACACCCUUCCAUGCCGUCCAAACAAGCAAAUCCCCCCCAAAAGCCAAGCACCCAUCCCCCUCAGCCUUCCCACCACAAGCCUCUCCCCCCAGCCGCGAAGCGCCGCCACGCAAGUCUUGACCUCGCACCGCGCACAGACCGUCUCGACGCUCUUUUCCAAGAGGCGAUAAGACUUCUUGUGUCAGGGCUGAGGGACUGGGCGAGAAAAACGGACGAGAAAACGACAAGGAAUGACAAGAGUGACAAGAGGGUGCUAGGUGAGUGGCGGGCGAUUGUGUGAUUGGAGACGGGCCGGUAGGGACGGGUAAUGGGAGAAGUAGCGAUGAAGGUGUGUUGUGAUAAUUAGUUAGUAGUAUGGUGAAGUGGGUGUGGAGGUGUUUUUGCUCGGGUGGAGGUGUCGUUGUGUCAGAGAUGCGAUGUUAU